AUGGCUGCUUUGUGCCACACACGGCGUGCUUUGGUCGAGAUCCCAGCUCCACAGCCCAAAAUAGAAGGUCGCAUGAGGAGAUCGUAUCUGGAAAUACUGGGAGCGCGUUUAACUCCAACACCAAGAGGCAGAAUCCCAACGACAGCUGUCCCCCGCAGGCUACACUCAAUGGACUUGUGGAGUGGGAGAAUCCAGGCACAAUGUGACAAAAUGGACGACGAGCACACACCAAUCUCGAAACGGCAGCUAGUGCAACUCCUCCGCUCUCUCAUCUUAGUAGAACAGAGCCAAGAGCCGAGAGUCCUUGCGUCGGACCUGAAGUUUCUCCAAGACGAUUUGCAGCUGAAGAAAGCCAAUGUUUACAGGUCCAUCCCCUACUCCAGACUUGGCUCAAACAGGGAUGCACAUUGCUACAGAAAGGCCUACCCACAUCUCCUGGCCUUCAGAGUUUCUUGUCAAGAAUGGGGCCAAGUAUUAUUACAAAACAAGGAGUGUGACGUGGUGUUGGAGCACACGUUGAUUGCCUGGAGGUUCACCAGCGAGCUCCCUCAGUGGGACACUUCCAGUCACAACACGCUCAGAGAACAGUGCUUCAGUGUUUUAGCGUCCCAGAGUCAAGCUGCUUUACAACACUACAGGCCCACAGCCAGCAGGGGGCAAGAGCUGUUACGGAGAUUCAAAAUGGCACAGCAACAAUCACAUGCCAUCACGCCUUGUAUUGUGACACUGGAGAGGAUUCUCAGGGACUCCAUGGAUACAAAAUUAACUAAUAUGAACUUUUAA